CAGACAGCAUCCACACCCCCAGCCUGCAGCACCAGGACACUCCGCGGGGAGAGUGCCUUGCUCCAGGGCUGCGGGCAGAGAUGGCGUCCUGAUGCCGGUGAAUAAGCAGAAAAACGGAGCAGAGGGAGGGGAAAGGGAUGCGGGCAGAUGAUGAGAAGCUGCAUCAUUUCCAGCAUCACUAGGCGGAAGAUGACUCUCUCCUCGGUGAUGGCAGCGCUCUGAGGCUAUCCAGCCCUCGGAUGUUUAUUGUUGAUGAGAUUUGAAGCGGCGCUGUGAUUCCUCGGAGGGGAGGCGGUGGGGGUUUGUUGUCUACCUCAGCUGUUUCUUCCUCCGGCGGGGCUCUGCUCAUCCGACGCAGGGCGGAGAGGGCAGAGGGAGGGAGAGAGGGGCGAUGGCUGCCGGAGGAGCGGGAUGCGGGGACACGGUGGAGCAGUGCCGGGCCGAGGUGGAGCGCCUCAGCCGGGAGCUGGCGGAGGCCAACCGCGAAAAGAUCCGGGCGGCGGAGUGUGGACUGGUGGUCCUGGAGGAGAACCAGAGCCUGAAGCAGCAGUACGCAGACCUGGAGGCCGAGCAGGAGGCUCUGAGGCUGGAGCUGGAGCAGCUGCAGGAGGCAUUUGGCCAGGCCUAUUCCACCCAACGUAAGGUAGCAGAGGAUGGGGAGACUAACGAAGAGACGUUGCUGCAAGAGUCUGCCACCAAGGAGGCCUACUAUAUGGGCCGUCUCCUGGAGCUCCAGUCUGAGCUGAAGCACAGUAGGGCCACUGCCUCCAACGCCCAGGCCGACAGCGAGCACCUCAGCACUGUACUGCAGGAGCUCAGGGAGCAGAGUAAUGAGAUGUUGGAGCUGCAGCGGAGCCGGAUGCGAGAAGAGAUCAGGGAGUACAAGUUUCGGGAGUCACGGCUACUCCAGGAUUACUCUGAGCUGGAGGAGGAGAACAUCUCUCUGCAGAAACUGGUGUCAACGCUCAAACAGAAUCAAGUGGAGUACGAAGGCCUGAAGCAUGAGAUUAAGGUCCUGGAGGAGGAGAGAGAGCUGCUCAACAGCCAGUUACAGGAUGCGCUGCGUUUGAAGGACAUGUCAGACGCCCAGCUGGAGGAGGCGCUGGAGUCUCUGAAGACUGAGCGCGAGCAGAAGAACCACCUGCGCAGAGAGCUGGUCCACCAUCUCAGCAUGUGUGAUGUGGCCUACACUGGCAGUGCACACCUAAUGUUCAGCUCUGCUCCACCAAGUGGCACCGCCACCCCAACUACUGUGCUCUCCCCAACCACAGAGGACCCAACAAGGUGUAACGGCCACCUCCAGGGUGGGACAGGAGCAGGAACGGCUGCAGGGUCAGUGUCCAGGGCUAAUGGAGAGUGCCGAGGGCUGAGCCGGAAAGCUGAAGGGGCGGCGACAUCAGACCUCUUUAGUGAGAUGAACCUGACCGAGAUCCAGAAGCUCAGGCAGCAACUGAUGACGGUUGAACGUGAGAAAGUAGCAUUAAUGACCAGCCUACAGGAGUCCAAGACUCAACUCCAACACACACAAGGGGCCCUGUCAGAGCAGCAUGAGAAGGCCCUGCGCCUUAGCCACAAAGUCACUGUCCUCCGCCGCCUGCAUCGAAGGGUUAGCAAAGAGGCCCAUAGCAGUGCUACCACUGAGCUCCACUCUGAAACCCUGAUGGAGCUGGACAGAGACGAGGAGGAGGCUGAAGAGGAAGGGGAAACUGAGGAGGAUAAGAGUGAAGAACUGAACAGAAGUCGGGUAUUUUCAUACCAAACUCCAGGUCUGGAGAUCCUGCAGUGCAAAUACCGUGUGGCUGUAACAGAGGUGGUGGAGCUCAAAGCAGAGAUGAAAGCCCUCAGAGAAAGGCUGGCUCAGUGUGGGGAAGGAGCAACGGAGGAGAAACCAAGGCGAAAUAGUCAAUUCCAAAGGCUGGAGAGACACGUUGCCUCUUUGGAGAAGAGCUGCCAGGAGGGCCGGGAGAAGAUUUCUGCCCUGGAGUUGGAGCUGCAGACAGCUCAGUCAGCAGCCAGUGAGAGCCAGGGGGCGUUGAAUGCAGCUCAGGAUGAGUUGGUGACCCUGAGUGAGGAACUUGCCCAGCUCUACCACCACGUCUGCCUGUGCAACAACGAGACGCCCAACCGUGUCAUGCUGGACUACUACAGACAAGGCAGGGGGCUCAGGGGCCUCAGUGCCAGUCUCAAAGCCAUGUCUUCGGACAACAGCAAAGUUCUCCUCACACCACGCCUAGCCAGGCGGCUGGCCGCUGUCUCUUCAACGACCUCAACUCCUGGGGAAUCACGUAGCCCCUCUGAGUCUCCAUCCAAAGAGCCUCUGUCUGCAGAGGCAGUAAGAGAGGAGAGGGAGGUAGACAGGGAGGGCCUUCAGGUGCCACCUGAGGCAAGCCUGCCGCCCUGCACACCUCCUACCCGUUCACCCAGCAUCAGUGCCUCUUCAUCAUCGUCAUCAUCAUCAUCGCCUGCCCUGGAGCCUGCCGGUGAGCUGCGCAGGGAGCCCAUGAACAUUUACAACCUCAACGCCAUCAUCAGAGACCAGGUGAAGCACCUGCAGCGGGCAGUAGACAGGUCCCUGCAGCUGUCCAGACAGAGAGCUGCAGCCCGAGAACUGGCCCCUCUGCUGGACAAGGACAAGGAGGGCUGCAUGGAGGAAAUCCUGAAGCUCAAGUCUUUACUCAGCACCAAGAGAGAGCAGAUAGCCACCCUCAGACUGGUACUUAAGGCCAACAAACAGACAGCAGAGGUGGCUCUGGCCAACCUGAAGAGUAAGUAUGAGGCAGAGAAAUCCAUGGUGACCGACACAAUGACGAAGCUGAGGAAUGAGCUGAAGGCCUUGAAGGAAGAUGCUGCCACUUUUUCCUCUCUCCGAGCAAUGUUUGCCACCAGGUGUGACGAGUAUGUGACCCAGCUAGAUGAGAUGCAGAGGCAGCUGGCUGCAGCCGAGGAUGAAAAGAAGACUCUGAACUCACUCCUGCGGAUGGCCAUCCAGCAGAAACUAGCCCUCACCCAACGCCUGGAGGAUCUGGCCUUUGAUCAAGAGCAGUCCCAUCGUACCCGGGGGGGCCGGGUGACCCGCGGGAGGACCAGCACCCCCAAAGUAAGUCCCCCAGCCUCGGCUUCGGCAUCCAACCAAGCCCAAAGCUCCACUUCAGCUUUGGCCCCUGGCAGCCUCCCCCCUUCUACCCUCACUAGUCCUACGUCAUUUGUUCUCGAUGAUCCCUCUGCCCCCCUCUCUCCCUCUGUGGUCAGUGCCGCUGCUGCAGCUCUGGCCUCAGCUCUCACCUCCCCCACAUCUCACAUACCUGCUCACAGUCCAUCAUCACUAUCGGUCGCCUCGCUCGCUGGUCCUUCGAUGCCAGAGACACCCCCCUCUCUGGAGGCCGUCUCCUCUCCCUCGACGCAGACCCAACAAUCAACCCCCCUGAGGCUGGCUAGCUCCCAGUGGACCCUGGGGGUACGAACGUUUGUGGUUGACUCCCACAGUUUCAGUGUCAACCUCUCCCCUGCUCUGCCCCGUAGCUCAGACCUCUCCAGGCACUACACCUCAGACACUCACAGCUCUCCCUCCUCCACCACUACAAGGCUCACACAGCCAGGAUCAACCCCCUCCUCUCCCUAUCGCUCCCCUAUUGUGGGGCUCAGGCGCUCCACAUGGAGCCCCUCUGCCCGAACUCGGCCUCUGUCCAGCAUGACACGUUCCUCUGUCCUCCACACUCCUUCCUCAUCCUCCCCUUACUCCUCCUCUUACUCCCCCUCUUCCUCCCACAGCUACUCCUCUGUCUACCACAGCUCCUCUUCUGCUUUCAGCCCAUCUAGCUCCUACCUCACCUCUGGCUCGUCAUCCUCCUACAGCCACUCCACCCACUACACACCCCUCUACCCCAGAUACUACAGUUCGUACCGGCCCCGGGAAUGACCCUCUACUGUAAAUCCUUUACUGUGAGCCUUCAGGGCUUUCCCACCGAGCUCCUUAUCAACACUAAAACCGCAGUUCCCAUUAUCUUUCUCUUUAUGUUAUCUGAGAGAGUAGGGGCUCACAGAGUGGAGGACAGAGUGGUUUCCUGUUUCCCAGUUCCUGUUUUCCUGUGCCUAAGCCUUGGCUAAUGGGUUCUGAAUGUUCAGUGACUUUGCUCAGGGAUUUGUCAUAAGGAGCACAAGCGGCCCCGCCUUCCUUUUAUUCUGACACUGCUGACUGGUCCACAGGAGGACAUUAAUAGAGACUUUUUAUUGAGUGUUUUUAGCAUUUAGGUUCUUCAGGUUGAGACUACAGAUGCAUGAAGCGAUUCAAAACACAGAAACAUUGAGACAUUGACUGGACACUUGGCAGACACUCAAAAGUUCAAAUGGGGGUCAUGACACAUUAAAUACCAUCCUCCAUAUUCAAUGUAAUAUCCACACUGUCUUAAAUGGUAGUGAGUCACAUAUGAUGUAUACACAAACACUGUAAACCACAUGCAAGCGUUCUCUUUUGUUUUUGGAAGUUUAAGGAUUCAGUAUGAUUCAAACAAGGGUGAGACACAUCGAUGGCACAAAUGAUAAUGCACACUUUCUGAGAGUUUCUUCUCAAAGUCAUUCAUAGAAUCUCACUCCGUGAUGGUAGCAGUUGCGAGGGGAAUAGAAAGUGGUAGCCUACAAUUUUUUUGCACAGCUGGUCAAGCAUUGCAACUGAGCCGGCUUGCUGGACUGUUGUCUCAACCAAUGUACACAACUGACAGGGUGUUUGACUAGUGCUGUUUGGAGCAUACUGACUCCUGUAGUGUUUCAGUGUUUAUUUCACCCUAUAGUAUCUUAUAGGAACACACACAGCUUGUACUAUAGGCAACUGUGGAUGAAGAAUAAUGGACUGCUUACUGGUGUGCAUUUUCCAUCAUGGAGGGCGUCCAUCACUAAAGGAAUACAUCAGUGCACCUCAGACUGUAGUUUAUUCUUCAUCCAGGGUUGUUACAGCAUGUUACUGUCAUCAGCUCAACCUUUAGCAAGUUCUGUCCAUCUCCAGCACCAUCCAGUGGUUGAUUUAUAUAUAGCCAUGUACUCCGCUAUGCAUGUUCAUGUUUGGAUGCUCUUAUAGUGCAGACUUCCUUCCCCUUCCAUAUGAAAACUUGAUCUGAUAGCAGUGUUGGCUGUAUGGAAGCUAGUUACAGAGAAGACCUUGUGAGAAGGAGGAAGUAGGUGAGACAGAGCACUCAAACAGGGCAUAUGACCAGUGUAUGAUCAGUUGAAUCCAUAGUCAUUGUACAGGGAAGCAAUAUGACUUGGAGUUGGCUUUGGAGUGUAUCUCAAUGGUCUGAAUUUCUCUCUCAUUUCAUUUCCAAAAUACACUGAUAUAUAAAACACUAUACAGUAUUUAUAAACUGCGCUACCAUGGCCAUUAAAUCUAAAAUCUUAUGCAAACUGGUCUAUUGCUAAAUUUUGGACUCCAAAAUACAGCUGAACAAUUUUAGGAGAAUAUCUAAUUGUGAUUUUUCUGACAUAUAUUGUGAUCUGAGUUCUGCUUCACUUCAAUAUUUAUUGUGUGAUGGGAUGCCACCAAAACGGCUGGAUGGCAUGAAUUUUUCAAACCAUUGACACAACAGGUUAAACUGGGGAUCAGAUGUGCAGCAUAGCAUAUAUCCUCAGCUGCAGCCUUUGUGAUUUUCCAGUUCAGAAUACAACUUCAGUUCAAAAUCAAUUAAUAGUUCAGCUUCACCCAAAGCAAUACUGCUGACAAGGAACUGACGGAACAAACAGGUGAUUCAAAUAAAGUGAAACCACAUGAUUGUUUGCCUUAAUAUCUCGAUAUUCCCUCACUAAAAAGGAAGAGAAGAGAUUAAAGACUAUUGGGGCUCUCUUGACUGAUAGAUACAACAUGUAGCAUGUGAAGGCUUGUUCAUGGCACCGCACCAAACUCAGGGAAUGUUAUACACUUCAUUUAACCUGCAAUGAGUCAGCAACCACACCAGAACCACCAUCAGCAUCAUGAUAUCAUUAUGACUGUGAGAACAGAACCCCCAAAUGAGACAGAGGCUCAGAGUUAAGCUUCAGUCAGUUAUGGAAAUCUGAAAUUUGAAGAAAUAUGUUUAUGUUAUCUUGAGUCACAUGAGAAGAAUGAUAUCUAUUUCAUUGUGGGUUGUAUGUAGCCUAGCUUAGCACAGAGACUGAGCAAUGGCAGUACUUUCAGUGUGUCCCAUUUUUGUGGUGGUUUACUACCAUGUCAGAUCAUGUCCAAACAGUUCUUACCUCUGUCUGAAUUUGUUGAAUCCAAAUAAUAGCACUUAAAAUUAGAUACUGUGGAUGUAAUUACCAGUAUUUGCCAUCAGUUAGUUGAUAUUUUUAGUUUUUUCUGUCAAGUGGGAGAUAGUAGCUGUCAGAAAUUCCUGAUAUCAGUCAUUCAGAAUAAGUUCUCGAAGGCUGUUGUGGAGUGUUUUUCUGACAGUGCUGUCUAAAUAAAGUAGAGUAGAUCCACAUAACUGAAAACACACCUUUUAUAACAGCUUUAUUGACCCCUUCUUUACCUGUCUCCUCCAGCAUAUCCAUCUUUUCUGUGGUGGAUUCACAGUUGAUGUUAAUCUUCUCAUUUGACCUGAGUUAACAGCAAACCCGUUUCUGAAAAUGUGCAAUGUACUUUAAACCAUUGAUCAUAUCUGAAACCAUACCAUUUUAGCACACAUGAUGCCGUAUUCCCUGUGUCUGUGUGUGCCUUACAGUACUUACUAUUUACAGCACCUACACAGUGUAGCCUAAUAACAAAUGCCUGCUCUGGCUGAUUGUCACAAACCUUUCUGUUAAUGUGCUUCCUUUUUUCAUUUUUACUCCUGUACCUCAGGCUUAAAUGCCAUUUCUUAUGUAUAGCUUGGGUUGUAUCAGUGGGGUGGCUAAUGCUUUGUCAGAUAAAACUCUUAACUGUCAGUAGAUAUUUUUUUGUCUGGGUGAAUACAGACUUGGCAAGUACCCCUUCAACAAUCCUCUAAUGUACACUUUAUUUCUUUAUGCCUUUCCAUCACUGGGACCUUUAAUUACCACUUUUCUUCUUCUUUCUUGUCUUCUUUCUUUCUUAAUCUAUUGAUUCAGACUAUCGCUAUGUCUCUUGACUACAGACUCUUGUCUAAUACUGUGAAUGAACAUAUUUUUUUGCCUACACACAGGUUUUUCAAUAUGCAGCAUGGGGCAAAAACUCAUUUGACAGUCACCCGUAUUUUCCAGAUUACUGAUUGGCUGAUCUGAGAGUUGUUCUUGCUAUAGUUUGACAACAUCUUCUUGUUAUGUUUUUUUUUUUAUAACUUACAAAAUUGCAGAACAAUGUCUGCAAUCUGACUUCACAUGAUAUACAUCAACAUUUGAGAAAUGAAAAUAAGUUUCUCACCCUCAGUAAUGGACUGGAUUUCCGUUUUCCAUCAGGUUCCAUCAUUUCUGCACAGUUGCCAUUUGAGGUGCUUCAUUUCUUUAAAGCCUAGCUUAAGGUGUGGUCUGAAUUACAAAUAUGAAAUGUACUUUAAUCCCCUUAUGUGACUACAUACCACAGUGUUUGACUACAGUUUAGGCUUUACUGCCAAACAUUUUUCAAAAAAAGUAUUUUAGUUUUAGAUUUUUGCGCGUGUUCUUCUUUCCUCUCAGCAACUGCUUUCCAUUUACCUUGAACUUGUGAAAAAAAAAACAUGCACUUAUUAAAACAUGGUGAUGCUCUUAAUCUACAACAGUCUCUACACAGACCAUUCAGCCACAACAUUAAAUUCACUGACAGGUGAAGUGAAUAGCAUUGAUCUCCUGAUUACAGUGCAGUUGUCUGUUGGGAAACCUUGGAUUCAUGCGUUCAUGAGAAUGUUAGUUUGACAUGUGCCACCUACCUAAACUAGACCAAGCACAUUUGCCACAGCACUUCCUAGUGGUAGCGACCUCCCACAGCAAGGCAAUGUGCCCUGCUACAUGGUAAAAACUGCUCAGAAAUGGUGUGUGGAACAUAAUAAGGUGCAUAAGCGGCUGAGCCAGCCUCCAAAUUUCCCAGAUCCAUAGAUCCCAAUCUGAUGAAGCAUCCACAGGAACAAGCCUGAUUAACAGAUGUCCCACCCACUAACCCAAAGGAGCCGGUGUCCAUGUCCAGAGACCACAGGACACCUCCAGUGAUUCCAUGUCCAUGCCUCCACAGAUCAGAGCUUUUUGGCAGCAUGUAGGGCACCUACACAGUCUUGGGAAGGUGGCUUUAAUGUUGUGGUUGAUUCAUGGUCAGUGGUUCUGCAUUGCUGUCUUUUAACCAGGGAGCAGCUCGUAAAAUCUAUUACAAUAAUGUUAAAGUAAUAACACAUUUCACAGAAGGAAACAUUGUUAGUUGUCUCUAUGGUGGAACAAUUAACUGAAGGUGUUAUUUAUCCUGUUUAUCAAGCAACAUCUCCUCUAUUAUAGCUAAUAUGAACCAUUUACACUCAAAGACACACAUACACACUUUUUUUUGUGCAGCCCCUGAUUGGUUUUUACUUUACCAGUCAACUGAUCAGGGGUCAUAGUUAAUUGUUGUCCUGCGUCACAGUCUAGUUAGAAAACCUUUAUUAUUUUUGUUUUUUUUUCCACAUGCGAAGCAGAUUGUUAAAUAUAGAUAUUUAAUGAAAUCAAUCAAAACUAAGACAGAUUAUUUCCUGUUAUAGUUUCAGAACAGGAAUUUUCAGAACUUAAUUGGAUCUUGGUGGCAGCAGCGUCCAUGCAGAUGAACGGUCAGUGUGUGCAGACUGGGGCCAGUUUAUAGGUUCAUCUGGCUAUCAGUGAUUUGGUGCUGCAGUGUGCUGAUUGCUGCCACUAGUGGCUGCAAGGUAUAUUACAGCAAAAAAGUACUAAAAGGUAGAAUAUAGCAUACCUAAAUCUGUCAAAAGAUUAAUAUUAAUAUUAAUAAUAUUACUAAUUUAUUUAUUUCUUGAGUUCAGACUUUGGCAUAAUUUCCUGCCUUAUAGGUCAGCAAAAGUGCAAUGUGAUGGGUUUGUAUUUGUAGUUUUAUACCUGUUACAAAUUUUAUGAGCUGCUCAGCGACAGAACAGAUGACAUCCCAGGAGAAAAUGAUGCAGAACUUCAUGUCAGAACUAACUCUUGCAUUUUAUUUCAGUUGCAAUGUUGUGCAAUAAUGCAAAGCACUUCAAAUUAAUUUUAGCACAGAAAUCAUACAAAAAAAGGCCACUUGGGAAACAGGAAAAUCCUUUAGAAAUGUAAAGUAGUAUUGUGAACAAUGCUGCAGGUUUAUCAAGCAGACAAGUACUUUCCAUGCCAAGGUAUGUUACAUUCAUUUACAUUUCCAAUUAUAUCCGAAAUUGUAUUGGUUGAGAAAAAAUUAGGUGAAUCCAAAAUGUACUCAAAUAGAAGGAAUAUUGUGAUCUGUAUGUUGUUUGAGAUUAAAAAAGGAAACCAGUGUGAUCCCCUCUCUGUGAUUCCCCUACUCUUCAGAACACACACACACACACACACACACACACACACACACACACACACACACACACACACACACACACACACACACACACAAACUCAGCGACGCACACAUCUACCUGUUCUCCUAACAACCAACCAACCAGCAUAUGCAAAAAAAUUCAAAAAUUCAAUUACCAGUAUUUUAACUAAGAAGAAACAAAAUGAAGUCUGUCAAAUGAGGUUUUCUGCCCCAUGGUACACAUUCUGGAACAGCAGUUGUGCAAUUUUUUUUAUUUAUUUAUUUUGUAUCCUGUUUCACAGUAAUCUCUGUUGGCGUUUUCUCAGCUGGAACCACCAAGGAACCCAACUCCAGUUUGAUUAAUGUAUUAAUAGUCUGGAGUGAAUGAUACUGUCAAAAAUUUUUAAUGGGUUAAAUGAAUGUAAAGUAAGGCUAGAGAGACAUCUUACAAUGUAAACCUUAACAGACUGUCAGAAAAAAAACUUAAAUGCUUGCUAGAAUUGUUUUCCUCAAAAAUUGCCAUUGUUAAUUUGAAGCCAGUGGUCCUUUUACUGGAUUCUAGAUGGAAGGAGUUUUGCCAUUUUGACAUUUCAUAAAGUACCAGAGCUGGUCUUCAGACAGAAAAAAUCAUUUUUAAUAAUUUUUUUAAUCAUUAGGUGCAUUUCCACCACAGGGAACAGAAACUUUUUUGAGAAGCUCAGCCUAUUUUUCACUAGAGGAGUGAAGUUCUUAGAUUACUUUUCUCCUCAGAAAGUCCUCGUUCAGGAUACAGCCUCUGGUAGUCACUGAUUGGUCAGGAUGUUUGCAUUUUCUUCAGCAUUAUUAUAUACUAGGCACUUUUUGGAAAACAUUCGCCUCUAAAAAAUAUUACUAAUUACUUUGCUUGUAGUUUGUGACAGAAAUUAAUCAGGAGUGAGUAGGUCAAGAGAUUCCACAACCAAUAGACCAAUGAUGAAGUUCAAUCUUUGUUUUCCAUUUUGCAGAAGAUGACAUUUCUGUGGAAUUUAAGAUUAUCACAUUUAAUAUGUUACGGGGCUGAUUUGUUAAUUAUUCUUUCAGGGGCUUUGGACCUACUGUGAAAAAAAAAAGCUCACAAUGUGCCAGAGGAACACUUAAGUUAAGUUAAGGUUCUUGGACAUAAGUACUUUGGCAUUUUAAGUUCCUGAAACCUAUGGUGGAUAAGUACUAAGUUCAGCUUUGGCGGGCAGAGCCCAAAGUCUAAAACUCAUAACAUUUCCUGUUCCUUUGUUCAUGGCUGUAACAGUCAGAUAUUUUGGAAAUGCUGAAGUCUAGAAGUAUAGUUUAGAAGAAGGCAGCUAUAAGAGACAACUAAGAUAACCUUGUACAUCAAGAAUGUAGUAACCCAUAUAGGGUCUUCAUCUUACCCUGUGUGUUUGGCCCCUCUUAAAACCGAUCUGUCAGUGGAAGAAACUGAAGCUGUAAUUAGUCAAAAAGGAAAACUACACCUCACUCGAAACAGUUGUGAUGCAUUUGUGGUUGAGUUUGUGGGGUGCAUCAUUCCAUACAAGCUCAAGACCUUUACAGGUUCACCUGACACAUAAUAACAGCAGCCUGCCCUCAUAUGACUUUAAUAAUAGGAACAAAGUGAUGGUCAGAUAGUUCAAAAGUCUUCUAGAUAGACAGGAUUACAACAUCAAAGUUGAAAAUAUGAGUCUGGGUAGAUCAUGGAUAAGGGAGAAACCAACAGUUGACGAAAUACACUUUGCUUCCUGUUCUGCCUUAAUGUAAGCAUGGCUGGACAAAGCUCCUGGGCAACAAUGUGUUGCUAAGCCCCCAUUUGUCCCCCUGGUUUCAUUAUUUACCCAAAAAGUUAAAGUUACUUAAAAGAAUUUUUGCUGAGAAGCCCAACCUACCUAAAGCAAUUCAAAUUCAAUUAGGAUUUUAUUAUUAGUAUUAUUUUUAUAGUCUUGGUCUUCAGUUUAACCUUGCCUAUCUGGAGAAAGUGGCCUUGUGGCUCCACCACCUGUAUUUAAAGUGUAAAUUUUUCCUUGAAAUGUCUGUUACCAAAACUCCAAUCUGCUUUUCCAGUAUCACCUUGCAAUACUGAGUGUAUCACAGAACACAAAGAAUCACACUGAUUUUAUUGUGAUCUUGCUGGGAGUUUUGCACUAGAAUACUGCAGGCAGCAUCUCUGAGCUAAUUCCCUGCUGUCCAAACAUCCAGACUGUUAAAUGUCAUACCACUGAAUGUGUUCAAUGCCUGUUUGCUUUCAGACCACUUUAUAUGCACGUGUACAUACCAAGUAUUUUAAGGCUUUAACUGUACAGUGUUAUGUUAAUACAUAUUGUUAAUAUCUAUGAAUCAAUACUUUCUGUGUCAUACCUUGUGCUUGAUCACUCUCCUCCCAUCUUUUGCACUCAGAAUAAUUAUUUCCACAAUUUCCUUUUGAAGUUAGUCACAAGUUCAGGUACAAAACAGUGGCCAAUGUCAGAGAAGAAAUAAAGUUCACCUUCUGUUAAAAUGGUAAAUCCAAAGCAACUUUAACCUGACUGAUGUGUGGGUAAGUGCUGAGUCCUUGGAUAAGCCUUUAUUAUUCUAAGUGUUCGCUGUGUGUCCAUCUAACUGUAUCAGUCUCUUGCAGAUCGUCAGUAGCCUUCUGCCACAGUGCCGUUCAUCAUAUCCUCCCCAGAGCUGAGAGUUUGGACCUGCUCAGAUCUUCUCAGGUAACAGCAACAUCACAGUUCACACAAACUAUGAGGCAACAGAAUUUUACUGUCCUCUCCAAAACCCUCCCUCCUGAUCUCACUAGUGUCUUACCAAUUAUAUUGCACAUUCAGUCAAAAACAAAACCAUUGUCCCAGGAGCCUGAGGAUAGAUGGAAGGCUCCUAAUCUAGUAGGGGUGUUAACCCUGGAGGUUUUCCUGGUACCAUACUGUAUCUGUUAUACAGAAAAAACUCACUGCCAUGUUCUAAUGUUGCACAGCGUGCUGUAUUCACAUAAUUAUUUUAGAUUGAAUCAGCUUAGAGACUUAAGUUGCCCUGCUGGCUUAAAAAUGUGAGUUAACUGAAUUUUUGCUAAUUAACCCUUUGAUGUACAACAUGAGUCAAAAGUGACCCAAAUCCAAAGGAAAAUGGGUAUCUCCUGACCCACACUGCGCAUCAAAGUGUUAAGUAGUUCAAAGUCAUUGUGUUAGUGGGGAAAGUGUAAAACUAGAUGAGUUACAUUAACUUAAACACAAAACUUAGACUAGAUAUAGAAUCAGCCAGUCAUGUAUAUAAUUGUUCCAGACAAAUGUGCUUUCCUUUAACAUUUUCUGUGUUUAAAGAGUUUUCUCUUCUUUUAACAUCGAGACUUUAGAGACUGAGCUGGGCUGUUGAAGCCACUUUUUGUUUUUUGGAGACAUUUUUUAUUUGUUUUUACGAGAAUCAGCACAAAGACGAUCUGUAUUGCUGCUCCUGGUUAAAGUAAGAUUUUUCAAUCUGAGUCUACAGGUGGGCUGCACAGUGACGUAGUGGUUAGCACUUUCGCCUUGCAGCAAGAAGGUCCCUGGUUCGCGUCCCGGGUUUCCCGGGAUCUUUCUGCAUGGAGUUUGCAUGUUCUCCCUGUGCAUGCGUGGGUUUUCUCCGGGUACUCUGGCUUCCUCCCACAGUCCAAAAAUAUGCUGAGGUUAAUUGAUUACUCUAAAUUGCCUGUAGGUGUGAAUGUGUAAGUGCUUGUUUGUCUUUGUAUGUAGCCCUGUGACAGACUGGCGACCUGUCCAGGGUGUCCCCUGCCUUCGCCCGAGUCAGCUGGGAUAGGCUCCAGCCCCCCCCGCGACCCUAGUGAGGAUUAAGCGGUGUAUAGAUAAUGGAUGGAGUCUACAGGUGUAGGUACUGCAUUCCAUAUUAAAUUUUUGUAAUGGUUAGAAUACAUUUCUAUGAUUGGGAGAAUGAACACCGUGGUGUUGAAGUGGUUAGCACUGUCGCUUCACAGCUUGAAGGUCCUGAUACCAGACCGGUAUCUUUCUGUGUGCCGUUUGCAUGGCAGCCUACCUGGAUUGCUAUUUUCCAGUUAAGAUUUCAUUAGAUCUAUUCUUUUGUCUCUCCGCCUCCUGUGGCUGCAAUACCAAUACCAGCGUAUGGCUGUGGUGCAGCUAACGCAUUCAGUGGGGCCCCAUGCUGAGUGCAGUCUUAAUGGGGAGGAAAUCUUCAUGUUGCAUGUACCAGAGAGGCCCAGUUUGGGGGUAAAGUAUGCAGGUUCCCCUGUUUUUCUGCACUUCACCGAGCAAAAACGGGGAAAAAGAUGAAGGCUACUAAAGAAAAGAAAGGGGGAUUGUUUGGGACUUGGCAAGGCACCCAGUCUACCCCUAUUGUGGAGCCCACAGCAGUCCAGCUGUUUCUACUCUCACUCCAGGGUUCUCACUCCAGGGCUGGAGGUAGCUGAGUAGGAAGAAGAAGAAUGGGAGGUUGUGGAUGCAGAGACUGUCUUCUCCUCCAAAGAGAAUGACCUGUUGUCCUAUGGGCAGCAAUUUCAAGGAGGUUAUUGGUCGGGAGACCAGUGCUUUGAGUAUUGCCCUCCCUGAAAACCUUGUGGAGCCCUCCCUACUGGGUUGAGGAGGAUGUGGAGGUGGACUCCCACACCAGCACAGCUGUUUCUCCUGUCUGACUUCAGGGACUUGGUGUGUAAAGCAGCUGCAGCUCCAUUCUGGGCGUAGUCACCUGCCCUAGCAGGAAUUGCAGGGUUAUGUACUGCCUGCUUGCAGGGCGAAACAGAGCUUUUGCUAUGCCAACCCAGUUGGCUAACACUGGAACUCACUGUGUCCCUUCACCUUCAUUGCCUAUAUCGUUAGAUGCUAGAAGGUUCUAGGGGUUUGAGUAUGGUGAUGAGCUUCACAUAGCCCUUCAGGUCCCUACUCCAUUCUAGAAGUGCAGGCAGUGCUUUGCAUAUUGUUGGGUUGCUAGAUGCAACCUUUGGCUAUCCCAGCCCCAACAGGGAGACUGGGACUGUUUACUGAAGCUGCUGCAGCUAAACUGCUGCCCAGUUUGGGGGAAAAGUGUGCAGGUUCCCCCAUUUUUCUGCACUUCACAGUGCCUUCUUGUGCCUGCUGCAAUUAAAUUGCUGCAGCUGGCAUGGGAAUGUUGAUAGUGUGCAUCAAAGGUGCCUCGCUAGGGGCCUUGGGUGGAGUUUUUUUUGAAGUGUGAUAGUUGCCAAUGAAUUAGGAGGUAGAGGCUACUAAGGCCCAGGGGUCCUUAAAGCAGCCUACUACUGCCUGAAAAUCACUCUGCGUUGUCCAGGACCUCCACCUGGUUGGUAUGUAAAUAAGUGUACAUUUGCAAAUGGUGCAUUUAUCACAGACAUGUAAUUUGGGCUGCACCGUCUCCUCACAGGGUGUCUUAAGAGUUACCCCAUACAUAUGAAGCAUGUAAUUGGGUGGAGAGAUAGUCUCUUCACUCAGAAAGUCAAGGUUAUAAUGCAACCGUAUGUUUUUAGUUUCUAAAGUGGUCUGAACCCCCCCCCAAAAAACAUUUCAUUUAGGUUCAGUUGACCAGAAACUAGCAGAAUUCAUAUAUUUACAUGAGCUGAAUCGACUGAAUUUCUUAAUGAUGUUUUACAGAGAAUAGAAUCAUCCCAAAUAUCUACUGAAAGUAUGUGGGCUAGAUAUUGAGACAACGUGCACACAAAUGUAGGAUAUGUGAUGAUCACUAUGUGUUUUAAACAUGUUUUGUCUUGUUUUACCAUAAGUACAUAUAUAAAUCCAAUAGCAGAAUCUGUCUCAUUGGCAUAAACUUUUGUGCCUUUUUCCCUUUACCCCUGAAGUCAUAUUUCACAUCCUAGCUAAAUCGUGAUCUUGACCUCAUGCUUUCCCGUUCUCAGCAGCAGUGUCGACCCUCUUGGAUCUCUCAGCUGACGCCUGCCUUGAGUGCCUCCUGUCUGGCUUCCCUCUGUCCCCUUAAUCCUCUAUCCCUGUAGAACACAACUUUCUGAUCACCAUCUCUGACACUGUCAACCCACAAGACAUGUUUAAACAUUUUCUCAUGAGGGUUCACCCACCUGAGAGUUGUCUCUCGAUGCCUCUACAGGGAGUGCCGGGCUCACACUCUGUUUUUACAAGUCAGAAAUCAUACUGUGACAAUUGCUACUGCCAGCAGAGCCACAUCAACCUAUUGCACUACUAUACAGAAUCAUCCAGUUUUUAACUCACUCAGUUUGACUAUUUUCAAUCAUCAAAAUCAAAAAUGUGUAUUUCUCUCUGUCACUAUGUUAACCUCUGUGUGUAUUUCAUAAAGCAUGUGCAGCUUUAGGUUUCAGCUUUGGGAAGUUUGCUUCUGCAUUAAAAAGAAGAGAAAUACCCUGUAGGUUAAGCACAAAGUCAAGCAAUCUAUUCCAAAUACUUAUGUGUGACUGUUAGCAUUGUAUCAAACACUACAAAAAGCUGACAACACUUUAUCAUUUAACAUGUGUUUAGUUAACAGAGAGCUUGGAUGUAACUUCAGCAGCAGUGGUGACAGUUCUUUCACGGUGAGAUGGAACUUUUAUCUAUCCGCAAAUGUUGAUUCACUCAUAGCACUUAUUGUACUGCCAAAAGCUGAAGUAAACAGGACCCAAAUGGACAGGAGCUGGACAGGAGAGAAACAUUGUGCAUUAUUUGAAAACAACAAGUGAUUACAUCAUUGAACUGCACUCCAGUUCAGGCUGUUAGAAAUCGAAACCCUUAGGUUCAAUUCAGGAUUUACAGAAUCUGGAAGAAAGCUAAUGAUGAGUACAUUUCUGUGCAGGAUAAACAUAAAGAGGGAGUUACUCAUGCAAUGUCUUUAUUGCAAUGUAGCAGUGGAAAAGAAAGGCCAUUUUGUCUGCAAAGAUAUAGAUAGUACCUUUAACUGCAAGUCUGAAUAAUGCAACGCCUAAGUCAGAAAGAAGAGUGAAAGUGGAUUCAGUUUGAUUUCCAUGAUUCCAUAUGACUGUGCAGUCAGUGUGUUCUUUGUAAAUGUCAUUUACCUGAUGCUAAAUGGCCUCACAGAGAGGAGAGAAAUCCGCAAUAAGUAAUAUUGUUGCAGUAUUUGUUUCAGAUAUGUUUCACCUUAACACAUCCCUUUCAAAAAUAAAGGACUCAUACUUGUG